UGUGGUUGUCCACGCCACCGACCUGAGCCUGAACGCGGCGAAGACUUCAAAACCCCGGCCAGCUCGCCGCGCAUGGAGUUGAGCGCAGAACCUGUGGUGGCAACGUUGGAGAUGUCGGAAGAGAAGAAGAAGAACGGCGAAGACUGCGAACCCUGCGGCAGCGACGGCGACUACGAGAGCCUGCCGCCCCACGUCUCCGUGACGACCCACAUGACAGCGGGAGCCGUGGCGGGCGUGCUGGAGCACACGGUGAUGUACCCCGUGGACUCUGUCAAGACAAGAAUGCAGAGCCUGCAGCCAGACCCUAAAGCCCAGUACAGUAGUGUGUUUGAGGCUCUGAAAAGGAUCAUCAAGACAGAGGGGAUUCUCAGACCAUUGAGGGGCCUCAACAUUACCAUGAUGGGAGCAGGCCCUGCCCAUGCACUCUACUUCGCCUGCUAUGAACGGGUCAAACAUUCACUAAGCGACAUCAUUCAGAAUGGAGGCAACAGCCAUUUAGCCAAUGGUCUGGCAGGCAGUGUGGCAACCGUUCUUCAUGAUGCAGUCAUGAACCCAGCUGAAGUGGUGAAGCAGAGGAUGCAAAUGUACAAUUCUCCAUAUCGAGGACUCUGGGACUGUGUUCGGACAAUAACACAUACUGAGGGUAUUGGGGCCUUCUACCGCAGCUACAGCACACAGCUUACCAUGAACAUUCCCUUCCAGGCAGUUCACUUUGUUACUUAUGAGCUGAUGCAAGAGCAGCUAAACCCUCAACGACACUACCACCCCAGCAGCCACAUACUGUCGGGGGCAGCAGCAGGAGCUGUUUCCGCAGCCAUAACCACUCCGCUCGAUGUUUGUAAGACCCUUCUCAACACACAAGAGAAUGUAGCACUCAACUCCGUGCACAUCAGCGGCCAUUUAACGGGGAUGGCCAACGCCUUCAGGACAGUGUACCGACUUGGGGGCCCGACAGCCUUCUUCAAAGGGGUCCAAGCCCGGGUUAUAUAUCAGAUGCCCUCCACUGCCAUUGCCUGGUCGGUGUACGAGUUCUUCAAGUACUUUCUGACCAAGCAGCAGUUGGAAAGGGAGGCUGGAACCGGUCCGCUUUAACUGAACACGUGUCGGAGGAACCAACCCGCACCUAUAGAAUGGAAAUGAUGUAAAAAGCCUCUGAGGUGAGGCUGUUUGUGUAUUCGCCACGCUUGUCUGUGUGUUGAGUAAUAACCGCAGGUCGCUGUCUCAAAGAGAAGCCACUGCGGGGAAGGUGUGCACUUUUUUACCAAGCUGCAGUGCAUUACCCUUUUAAAAAAGGAUUGGUGUUUCGCAAACGGGACCUGCAACCGUCAGAAGAUGUCUAUUCUUAAAGAAUAGCAAUAAGUAGAUUACAUCUUUUGUAAGGCAUCGCUUUCUUCCUUCACGCACAC